CCGCAUGUGCAAGCCUGGGGGAAACUGAGCCGUGAUUGCGGCGAGGCCGGCAUUUCUCUGUAGCGGUGCCUCGUAUAACAUAUGUCCGCUCGUUCCCCUGCCUCUUUUUUCGGAAUUGACGAAGCUUCUUACGCGAUCAAAGCGUGAACAUGGCUUCUUUCUUCAAUUCUUUCUUUCAAGAUGCGUAUAGCACAGCUGGCUCGGCCGCUCUGUUGGGAAUUCUGCUCCAUCAGGCAAUUCGCAAUGUUGAGUUCGAGUUAUACAUGUUCCACUUCAUGGCCGCCUCCGUUGUAUCGUUCUUUGGUCUGAUCUAUGGUUCUGUCCAUUUCGGUGGGCACAGCGUUCCGAGCGCAUUUGCAAGAGCUUCUCUAUUCGCAACAAGCUUCAAUACAGCACUUCUUUCCAGCAUUGCUGUGUAUCGUCUUGUAUUUCAUAGAUGUCGGAGCUUCCCAGGUCCAUUCGGCGCCAAGGUUACACGCUUCUACGCUGCAUACCUGAGUUCGAGGAAGGUGCAGUAUUACAAAGAUCUGGCUGAGAUGCACGCCACAUACGGAGACUUUGUCCGCACAGGUCCACGAGAAAUUUCCAUUCUCCGCAAAUCUGCAGUUCCUACACUGUAUGGGCCUAAUAGUGAGUUGAGGAAGUCAACCAUGUAUGGCCAGACCGGAAACGACCAAAAGAAGACUUCUAUCCAUAUGACCCGUGACCGCGCCUCACACAGGGUGCGGAGGAGAGCAUGGGAUAGAGGAUUCUCCAUGAAGGCCCUUGCCACAUACGAACCACGCAUCAAAACUAAAGCCGACGCCUUGAUUCACCAACUUCGCAACUCGUAUGAGAAACCUAUGAACGUGUCGUCUUGGGCCAUGUACUUCAGCUUCGAUGUGAUGGGUGAAGUCGGACUAGGAAAAGAUUUCAACAACCUAACAAGUGGAGUCGAACAUGGUGCUAUCCAAGGCGUGCACGACCAUAUGACCAUGCUAGGGAUAUUGAGUACUGUUCCGUGGCUUCUGAAUGUCCUCAGUUCCAUACCGGGUGCAGCAUCAGGGUACACCGACUUCUUCAAUUUCUGUUCCAGUGAAAUCCGGGAGAAGAACAAGCACUGGGACAAGGAGAAACAACCUCAGGACGUAAUAUCUUGGCUUUUGAAGGCAAUGAAGGACAAAGACGCGUCUGCUGCGCCCUCGCCCGAAGCCAUGGAGGAUGAUACACGAGUCAUAAUCAUUGCUGGAAGUGAAACAACCGCUACCACGCUUGCUGGAGUGUUGUACUUUCUUGCCAAGAAUCCAGACAAGCAAAAGAAACUUCAGGCGUUAGUAGACCAAGCAAUUCCAACAUACAACGAGUGGAGCUACGACAAGGUCAGAGGCAUAACGUAUAUCGACGACUGGAUUAACGAAACUCUUCGUCUGCGACCAGCACUCUUGAACGGUGGACCUCGCGAAACUACAAGUAAGGGAAUCCAGAUCGAUGAAGUUUAUAUUCCAGGCAACACCAACGUCUGCGUCCCCGUUCAACUCAUCCAAAAGGACCCUAGGUGGUGGCCCCAGGCAGAAGAGUUCGUGCCUGAGCGUUUUGGCGAGAGGCGGGCAGAGAUGGGAACUGAGAACGCGCCAUAUAUGCCAUUCUCUCUGGGUGCCUACAGCUGCCCGGGAAAGAACCUUGCGCAACUCAGUCUUCGCAUUUCGAUCUCCAGCAUUGUCAAGAACUUUGACGUAUCGUUCGCGCAGGGCGAGACAGGCGAGGAGUUUGCGAACGAAGUACUGGACACGUUUACUGUGACACUUCCUCCACUUCAGCUGUCAUUCAAACCGAGGGACCGAGCUUAAAGCAUCAAUGUAUAAGGGGUUCUCUAGACUGAGACACGGGUCGAUAAAAAUCGAUGAUUCCAGUCAUACGCUUUCCCGCAUGUAGACCUUUUCCAAGUAAACCCUUGCGCGUAUCGAUUGAUGAUUAACUAAAUUUGGUGCAUCACCGACCCUUUAUUUCGGGCAAUCGCGCUCUUUGGGCAGCGGAAUAUGAGAAUGGCGUAAACCUAAAGCACGU